AACACACCCCGUUUUUUACACGUUUCAAAUGAACAGCCAAUGAAACACCGGGAUGUUGGUACGUGGGGCGGCGUUCAAGACGAGCCAGUUGCUAGUGGCAGCUUCAGCUACACACCGAAACCGAGGUGAUGGAGGAAUUUGAAGAUGGAGAAACUCCGGCGGCUGAGGAACUUACUCCCUGUAACAUCUGUGGAAGAAGCUUCUUUCCCAAAGUCUUGAAGAAACACAUUCCUAUAUGUCAGAAGUCCGCAACAAAGAAGAGGAAGACUUUUGACUCCAGUAGACAGAGGGCAGAGGGCACAGACAUCUCCACCCUCAAACCCAUCAAAAACCUCAAAGCAAAGCAGGAUCCGCCCCCAAAGAAGCCAUCCAACUGGCGCAAGAAACAUGAGGACUUCAUCGCCACCAUACGGGCGGCCAAGGGCAUCACACAGGUCAUGAAGGAGGGGGGCCCCCUGCCACCACCCCCCCCGCCCACCUACGACCCAGACUACAUACAGUGUCCUCACUGCCAGCGGAGGUUCGGGCAGAAUGCCGCCGAUCGUCACAUCCAGUUCUGCCGCGAAAAGGCGGCACGCAUGCCCAAGGCCAAGGCAGUGGCGGCGGCGGCAGCGGAGGUGAAGAAAACCCCCCCUCGCACGCAGUCUAAGCUCUCCGCUCCAGUGAAGAAGGCGGGCCUGAUGGCGUCGCCGUCUCCAGCGGUUCAACCUGUGUCCUCUCGUCUACCACAGCGCUCUGGCUCUGGACAGAUCUCUGGAAUCCCAUCUAGUAAGCCCUCCUCCAGUAUAGCGAGGAGCAGCCUGUCCGCCCUCACGAGUCCUCCAUCAGGGGUGGGGAUGAAGAGCCGGCCAGUGGGCUACGGCCCGGCCAAGAGCGCGGCGCCCAGCGGGCUGUACAGGAGGAAGGCGGACAGCUCCUACUCGAGGCAAGAAGUUGUCGGGGACAACGACUUGGACGGCGGCGCCAAGGGUAGCUUCUGUAACGACUGCGGCACCAAAUACCCCGUGGAGACGGCCAAGUUCUGCUGCGAAUGUGGCGUCAGACGGAUGUGCAUGUGAAGAUGUGUGUGUGACACCUUUGCUGUACUGCUAGUAAGGAGCAGAGUGUGCGUACUUCGGUUGGUGCCGCUGCCAAGGACUUUGUAUCAGAACGCUAGAUGCCCCCCCCCCCCCCUUCUCUCUUAUGUGGGUGUGUGAUUUGGCCGGUGGAUUCCACCCAGAGUAUGCAGCAAAGCCAAGGGACCACUGCAAUUCCACAGGGACCCUGUCCUCCUCACUAGAAGAAUAGGUUCCUGUUGAAGUGAUCUGUGAUCGACCACUGACCACUUUUAACUGUGAAGAAAUGACAGCGUUAUCUGUAGGACUGUGUUUCGAACCUUUCCUUGUGCGUAUUUGUCAGUGCUACGUGAAAAUAUUUUUUGCUUUGAGAGUUUUCAUGUUAAGCUUCUACAGUUUUUUUAAUUGUAACAUAUCUCAAAUAGCUAUCUUCCCAUUAUGUUCUGCAAAUUUCAAGCAAUUUAGGUAGGUUAUUUAUUUUAAUAUUCUUUUAAUAUUGUUUUCCAUUUGGUUAUGUGGUGAGGUUCAGUUUGUGGAUUUGUAUGGAAACCAUUUUGCCCAAUGCCAAACAUCACAAUAAUAUGUGUUGUUUGGCUGAAUCAGUAUUUUCACCUGAAUCAGUAUUGAAGGGAACAAGUGUGUUUAUAAUUAAAUUAUCCAAUGGCCCAGGUCUUUUGUUGUUCCUGAUUUGCAUUUGCAAACCUAAUAUAAAUGGUGCUCACUGCUCCACUGAGGCGACACAUGCUAGUGCUAAGUCCCUUUAAGGACUUCAACCCCAUCAUCCAGACAGGGCUACUGCUAUGUGCUGGUGCUAAGUCCCUUUAAGGACUUCAACCCCAUCAUCCAGACAGGGCUACUGCUAUGUGCUAGUGCAACGUCUUUAAGGACUUCAACCCCAUCAUCGCGACAGCUAGUGCUACAUGCUAGUGCUAUGUCUUUAAGGAUUUCAACUUCCAGUUUGUGCUAGUAGUGCUAUAUGCUACUGCUAUGUCUUUAAGGACUUCAACUGUUCGAUUUUAAGCUUCAUUAUUUAUCAUAAACGGAACAGUGUGGUUGCUAUAGGAAACUUUGCUCAUGGCAUAACUAUCAAUCAUUUAGUUUUUUGUGUUCAUGUGGACAAGGGUGGAAAACAUUCAGAUGGAUGGAAAAUUACUGGUCGCAGAUGGAAUGCAAGUGUGUGAACCUGAUUUGCAUUGAAAAUACAACAUUUUGUAGUUCUUUAUCAAAUUUAUAUAUUUUUUCCAGAUUGCAAACAAUAGAUGCGUUUCCUUAUGGGUUUCUAGUGAACAUUAAGUAGUACUUGUGAACAAUUAAGAGGGCCUGAAGGAAAAGAAACGCAAUGCUGUUUAUGGUUUUAUCUCCCUUUUUAAGCGGAUAAUUUGCCGUUGUGUCAUUAGACGCCUCUGUCAUCUGUUUUUGAAUACCGGGGUCAUCCCUCCGCCCGUAUCCUUCUGCACGUAACCAAACACUCCCAAAAGACUGUUCACUAUGUUUCAUGUAUUAUAGAGUACGGUCUUGCAAUUAUUACUGUGUACGUUCGUCAAUAAAACACCCUGAAACAAUGUA